GAAGGUAUCGUACUUACAUAAUCAAUUGUGUCAGGAUAAGUGUUCCCCGAUAUUGUUCUCCAUCACACCUGGGCAGGAAUAUAUUGCAUGGUUGUAAUUUACAAGUAUCCUUGCAUGGUAUAAGUAAAUUUCCCUCUUCAUAUGUGCACGUCGUGGUAAAGUAUGCAAACAUAUAUAUCCCCUUACACACAUAAGUAUUUACAUAGUUUGUUUUAGGCAAUGAAAUAUUUGCAACUCAAACACAGCUGACUUGCCAAACUUUUUAUCUUAUUAGUAGAACAUUUCCGCUCUUUUAUCUUCUUUUUUGUUAUGCAUCUCUAAUUUCAAAACCAUAGAAAGAUACACAUUAAAAGAAAUAUCGAGAAUUACUUUAUACAAUUAAAACUUUUUUGUAAAUUUACUCCCGCAGUGUUCGCCAGUUAACUGUGUUACAUAAAAUAUCAGUCGGAAUUUAACCAUUUGAGAAUAGGUAUCUAAACCAUUAUUAGUUUACAUACGUAAACAAGGCUAUAAAAUACGUACGUCCAGGAUUCCACCAUUUCGUGUAGAAAGUGAAAAUGAGCGUAUUUAAUCUGCCCGACCUAACUCAACUAACACUUCGUAUAACACCUGACGGAGACGCAGCUACACAACCGGAAGUGAUACCCCUCUCUGACCACGACCUAUCAAAUAUGUCACAUCACCAGGACGAAGUUCUACAAUUUUGCAAUGGGAUUUCUUUCUCCGUCGUCACCUACAACAUUUCACACGCAAAUAAACCCGCCCGACCGUCCGCAGCCCAGAAAAAGCAUCUCCUAACCGCAAUAUUUUCCGACUUACCGGCCGACACUUACUUCCUCCAGGAAUGCAGCUGGACCGAUAUUGCCAAACAUAUAGCAACUAUUCAAUUGAAAUAUAAAUUUCGGUGGAUAAAAUCGUACCAGCAAUUAAUUCUGUUUAACAGCAAAAAAUUUACCGGUAUCAGUCUCCAAGCAACGAUUCCAAAUAUUGCCGUUGACGUGCCACGCGAUAGGUUUUGUGUUCUAAAGCUUACGCACAAAAAUGCACCUAAUUUUGACUUUAUAGCGAUAAGUUGGCAUGCUGACAGGUUUGGAAAACUUAAUGUAUCUUUCUUCAAAUUCGUUGACGGUUUAGUUGACACGGAAAAAAUUCCCGCCUUAGUCGGUGGAGAUUUUAAUUAUACCAAGUUGAAAACCUAUGAGGAUAAAAACGUCGGUCGAUUCCAUUAUUCUCUCGAUAUCGGGGAAGAGUUUCACGUCAAAUUGAAGAAUGUGUUCUACAAGCCAACCCAGCAUUGUGUCAGGGGAUCAUCGAUUGAUUUCUUAGUCUCGACUUUUGGUCCGUGGCCUCUCCUAUUAGGGCUACACAGCGCGCAGGAACUCUCCUUGCGGGGAGAUGUGAUGGGGGAAAGGUUCAAUUUAGCUGCGAGAUCCCUCACAAAUAUUGCACCGUCCAAUGUCACUGAUCAUGUACCCGUUUAUGGAUACGUUAACUGCUUUCAGAUGCUGCAAGACGGUAUUGCCCAAAUGUAAACAAAUUUUCUAACCUAACACCAAAAUAUCAUCAUGUCGGUAAUGAAAUUAAUACCGAAAGUAAUACUGUGCGGAGUAACUUGAUUUCCAAAAACCAUUUGCCAAAUUCUGCGAGGCCCAUCAUUUUCCAUGCGUUUCUCGGACGUUUAUUUUUCAAAGGUCCACCUUCCAUGGCACACUUCUCGACAAUCUAUCCCUUAAUCUAAAUAUUUAAAUUUUCUCGGAUAUUUGUUUCUUAAAUAUGGACAGUGUUAAUAUUUAUCCGACUAUUAAUUACCAACCGCUUGGGCAAUAGUCUCUCUGUUUAUUAUUAAAAGUCAGAAUUUUUCCGGAGAAAUUGGAGGAAAUAAUUUCUCAUACAUUUUUCUGAGGAUAAAGAAAUGAAAAUUUUGAAGGUAAAUAGGAAACAAUAACAUUAAAUAUUAGUUAAAAAUUAUAUCUUCAAAUUAAGUUACUUCUGUUCCCUAUUUUACGCAGAUCACUGUAUUUUUCAUAAAUUUAAUAAAAUUUAAGACCUUUAAAUUUAAAUUAUAAUUGUGCAAUUUUUCACCUAAACCAAUUUUAUUUGCUAAUCGCCUCUCACGUGGAAGGGUUGCAUAUAUUAAGUUUUAUUCUACAAGUCGUCCAUUCCCAACC